GAUGCGGAUCGGCGGGACAUUUUCACGGGCUCCUUAAGGGCGUUAAAACCCUGCGUGGUGAGAGUGUCUUGCAAGCCCAGAAACAGGCCGGGGACCUGGGUGAGGCGAGUGCGGGCAGCACGGCACGCUCGCCUGUGAAGGCGACAGGAGGUAGGGACACGGUUACUUCGUCUUGGGUCUCACUUGGUCGGGGUUUGGACAAGCCUUACAAAGACUAGCAGGGGCACGGCAUGGCUCCUUCGGUGGGGAAGGAGCGACUCGCCGCUUCCCCGCUCCUGCACCUCGGGGCGUACGGAGGGGGUUUCUUGCCCGCGAAAAGACGAGAUAACUCGGAGAAGCCGGGCAGCGAGCAGAAGCUCGGAGGGGUGCCGGGGUGCAGGUGGCCGGGGCGCUCCUGCAGGCCCCCCCCACCGGUUUUACCCCCGCCGGUCGCACACCGCGGUGCCCGUCCCCGGCGAGGGGAGCGCGGCGGGAGCGCGCCCGGCGGGCAGAGGGUCUGCGCCGCAGCCGGGGACGGAGGACCACGGGGGGAGGAACGACGACGGGGGACCCUGCGUCAGUGCAGGGCCGUCCCCUUCCCCUCCCCGUGCGCUCGGCUCUGCCUCCCGCCAGCCUCCCACGCCUCCCGCGAGGUGCGGCCGCGCUACAUAAACACGGCCCCGCCGCCGCUGCCACCGCCGGGGCUCUCCGCUCGCAGCCCGACGGAGGCGCCUGGUCGGCAGUGGGCAGCGGGGAGCGGAGCGGCAGCGGGGAGCGGAGCGGCAGCGCCCGCGCGGCUCCGGGGACAGACGGGGCGGGAAGCUCCGGCGGGCAGCGGCGGAGGGCUGCGCGCUCCUCAGCGGGCGGCGACGGCCCCGCCGGACCCUGGGCGGCCGGAGGAAGAGAAGGAGGAGGAGGAAGGGCGGCAGCUCCCCGCCGGCGGCGGGGUCCCUCCGGUAUGGCCCUGGCGGACAGUGCCCGCGGGCUGCCAAACGGCGGCGGCGUCUCGCCGGCGGCAGGGAGCGGGGCGGCUGGGAGCGGGGCGGCGGCGGCGGCGGGCGGCUGGUCGUCCUUCCCGGAGAUCGUGGAGCUGAACGUGGGCGGGCAAGUGUACGUGACGCGGCGCUGCACCGUAGUCUCGGUGCGCGACUCGCUGCUCUGGCGCAUGUUCUCGCAGCAGCAGCCCAGCGAGCUGCCCCGGGACAGCAAGGGCCGCUUCUUCCUUGACCGCGACGGCUUCCUCUUCCGCUACAUCCUGGACUACCUGCGGGACCUGCAGCUGGUGCUUCCCGAGCACUUCCCCGAGCGCAGCCGCCUCCAGCGGGAGGCCGAGUACUUCCAGCUGCCCGACCUGGCUCGCCGCCUGGCGCAAGCUCGGGCCGCCGCCGCCGCCCGCCCCGCCGCCCUGCAUCGCGACGGCUCGAUCUGCGCUGACGAGCCGCCGCCGCAGCUCCUCGGUUACCUGGAGGCCGAGCCGCUGGAAGGAGGCGGCGGCGGUGCCGCGGCGUCCGCCCCGUCGCCCACCGCCAGCCGCAGCCCCUCGGGCGGGCCGCUGCUCACUCCGUCGCAGUCGCUGGACGGGGCGGGCGGGCGACGCUCGGGCUACAUCACCAUCGGCUACCGGGGCUCCUACACCAUCGGGCGGGAAGCGCAGGCCGACGCCAAGUUCCGGCGGGUGGCCCGCAUCACCGUUUGCGGCAAGACGGCGCUGGCCAAGGAGGUAUUCGGGGAGACGCUGAACGAGAGCCGCGACCCUGACCGCCCUCCCGAGCGCUACACUGCCCGCUACUACCUCAAGUUCAACUUCCUCGAGCAAGCCUUCGACCGGCUAUCCGAGGCCGGCUUCCGCAUGGCCGCCUGCUCCUCCACCGGCACCUGCGCCUUUGCCCCCGAGCAGGGCGGUCCUGCCGAUGACAAGAUCUGGACCAGCUACACCGAGUAUGUCUUCUGCCGGGACUGAGCGUCCACCCGGCCCAUGGCGUGGGGAUAAGGCGGCGGCCCCUGCACAACCUCACACCCACGGUCCCCUCCUGGCCCGGAGGAAGGAGGACGUGGAGGGGGGCUGUGUCCCCCUGCGCUUUCCUCACCCUGGUGCCUGCCUCCACAUACAAGGCAGGUCGGCCCCCAGCGCAGCCCUCACCCCUCCUGCACGCACCUCCUGACAACCCUGGGGACAGGAGGUCACCAUGUCGUGCCUCGGCCGCCAUGUCCCUGCUUGGGCACUGCAUCCCGGCUCACACCAUUAUCCCCCCUCCCAGUAGCUGUGUCGGUAGCGAGGAAGGAGAGAGGUAGUGGGAGAAGAUAAAUACCUGCCCUGGAAAGGUGUGCGUGUGUGCCCAGCCCCUGCCCCCCUCCAUCCACAGGAGCCAAAGGAUGGCUCUGUUAGGGUAGGGUGUUUUAAAAAAACACCCAUUUAGGGGCUGAGGAACUUUUCAGUUGCUUUUCAGCAACUUCUGUUGAAGAUGAUGUGACAAAUGGCUGUCUUUUCUGAUCCCCGUACCCUUAAAGCAAGAUUUUGCCUUGUUGGGCAGAUCCGUAAUGGUCUGUUUUAUCCCCGCACCCCAUCAAAGCGACGCCUGCCUGUGAAGGACCAUCACACAGAAGUGGUGCCUGACUGUGAGAGGUUGACGUUCCAGCUCAUACUUCAUCGGUAGAGAUGAGUAAUUUUGCAGUAGGCGUGCAUGUGGCCCUUCAUGAUGGGUUGCAUCCAUCUCCUCUCUCCGCUCCCUAUCUUCCUGAACUCCCCUCUCCAAGCUGUUAAACUGCGCAGCAGACAUGUAAGGCUGAUGUGAAAGGACGGGUUCGCUGGAUAACCAACCACUUGAACUAUAAAGUGUCCUCAGAGACAUGUGAUUAUUCCCUCGAGAGGUAAAGCAACAAUGCUUUGAAAAAUUAAAGUGCUUGUGAAUUGUAACUUUUAUGGGUGGUGUGAAGUCCUUAUAAUUCUCUUGAAGUUAUUGUCUACAAUAUGCAUAAAAAUGUCAAUGCAUAUUUCCUUAAACACCCUCAAAAUGAUGGGGGUGAGAUGAAGCCAGACUUGCCAGAGUGAAGGUAGGGCCUGCUUCCUGGGAAGGUGAAAUCAUGUACGUUGAAUUAAUGCAGAUGUACAUUAUAAGUGUAAUCAAGAGCACCCUGCUUAUUACUUUAAGUUUUGUCACGUUAGUGCUGUAAAACCUUGAAGCCAACAGAAUUGAUGCUGAAAACACUUUUAUAAGAACCAGUUUCUUAGUUUUCAUGGCAGUACUACCAAGGCAAUGACACUGCUGAGAGUUAAAUACCUCUUCCUAGACAAACUUAAUACUUCUUAGAAAGGAUUAAGCCCUGUCCUUAUGAAAACAAGAACAAUGCCAACUUUCAUCAGGGAAAAUUACCCCUUCUAAGCUGUAUUUGGUUCAUGCUGUCUAAGUCUGUCUUUCCUGGAGGAGGCAGCCAUAGCUUGUUUUGGAACAGACAAUCUGAGCAGCAGGUUUUACAGUAAGGAAGAUCUAGCAGCUCUUUCGAAUAAAUUCCUGAAGAUUUGGGUACAAAAGCACUUUCCUUUUAAAUCUGAACGUAAUUUCAAAACCUGUAUUGUCUAUUCAGACCUUGAUGGAAAAAUAUCCUAAAUGUAUCCUAAGUGGUGAAGAAUUUAGUGGUACAUAUUAAAGGUUUAAAUUUACAUUUUUAAAACUCUUCAAUAAGAAAUUGUUCUAACCCCAAAUUUAGAAGUACUGCUGGCACUUGUAUUUUAACCAAAGAAUUUCACAGUAGGGUUUUAUUCUUAAAACCUUAAUUCCUUUGAAAAGAGCUAUAGCUACGUACUUAUUGAGUUGAGUUUCAGUGCUCAGUCUGUGUCACCACUUGGUCUUUCAUUAAGUGCAUGCAGAACCACAUAAACCUGAAAAUAAUUUGCAUCGUCAUAAGGUUUUUUUUUGUUUUAAUAUUAGCAAGAUUGUUUAUCAAUGUGAUUAAAUCGAAGAUGCGCAUACGAAAGCUUUGGGCAUUGUCCAGUUGUAGAUAGUUGUAUAAUGGAGUAUUUUUGAGAGGAGAGAAAUGUAUACCUGCCAAAUUAGAUGAGCAAUAAGAUAGAGAGGCCAGUACACCUGAGGAUGGAACGAAACCUGUUUGUCCUAUGCCUUACUCUGAGAUGAUUUCUUUGUGCUUAACUUAUUUAUACCACAAGUGAAGGGACAUUGAUCACAGCUAUUAGGUCUUUAAGAUGUCAUUCUCAAGAAUAAUGACUGUCUUUUUCUAGUUUCUGUUAAGUAAUUCUGAAGUAUGUUUUUUAAGAUUUUGUAUAAAAUCAGUUUUCAGUAAAGUGCUCAAUUCGCUUUAGAUAGCUUUCUUUUUUUAAGAAUCUGGUAGCUUACUAAAUCCAUCAUAGGAGCUAUGAAUAGGGGCAGUUUUAAAUUUAACUUGUGAUUUAGUGUACAUAUAUAUACAGUAUAUAAACAUUUUACACGAAUCAGUUUUUUAAUCAUUUUAGUGCUACAGAAUUUCAUAAUAUAUCUAGCUGAGCAUUUACAUAUUACGCUAUGUACAUAAUAUGGUAAUGUUUUACUGUUUUCCUAUACCUGUUUCUAUGGAAAAACUGAAUACGAACAUCAGCUUGUAGAACUGAAAUCAAUUACAUAUUUGCUUGAAUGUGAAUCAUAACUAAACUUCCAGGUGGCUGAAUGCAUCUCUAAAACAAAGAUUGCCUGUAUUUUCAUCAAUGAUUGCCUAUGCGUUUGCUGGCAGAUGACCCAGAAAUUAUCAUAAUUUUAAGUAAAAAUGGGUGUAAUAAAAACAUAAAGUGAUGAUUUUUCUAAUCUUUGUGUUCGUGCUAAAAACUCUUAAGUGCUAUUAGUAGUAGGAAACGGGGCCCUUCAUUUACUGGUAACUCAUUACAUUUGGGCUUAAAUUGAUGGUGCCGUAAAUGUAAUAGUCAUUUGAUGGUUUGCUGUAGAAGACAAUAUUUUUCUUAAACAAUACUCAGUAAUUUCAGGAAAAUUUUUAAAAGGUAAAAUGCGCGAGGGAAGGUCCCUGAGUUUUGCUGGUGUCUUCUGUUGAGAGCUCAAAGAACGGAUAAACACGCCGACUCUGCUGGCCUGUUGACGUGCAGAAAGAUCAAAAUCUAAAGGCACAAUACUGGAGUCCUGUAUACAUUUCGUAGCUGUUGCUGUUCACGGUUCAUGUACUUCUGGAUGAAUGCAGUAGCAUUUACAAGUGGUAUUAAAAAAGCAAAGGCAGUCUUUCUUUUAAUUAGAAGUUAAGGCAUAGGUCUUGUCAGUGAUGCAUAUCAUGAAGGGUGACUUUGCAGAUGUUUGAUAGGAUGUUUAUAUUUUUAUACAUGUAGAUAAUGUGUCACUUAUUCAUUCUUAUAUUCACAUGUAUAGCAUUGAAAAUAAAGAUCCUCCUAGGAAAAAGUUGCAUACCAAAUUAAAUUCUUGUUCUUUAAAUAUUAA